AACAAACAGAGAAAAACAGGGUGAAAAUGGCAGACAAAGAGAAGGGAACAAGAUCAAAGCUUUCAGCUCCAACACGUCCAUCAAUAACUUUACCGCCGAAACCAGCCAUGGAUGGCUUAUUUUCAGGGCUGAGUCCAGGCCCUAUGACUCUGGUUUCAGCUUUUUUUCCCGACCUCGACUCAACAGAGCGACCUUUUUCUCAGCUUUUAGCUUCAGCAAUGGCUUCACCUGGAGCUAGACUGCCUUACAAUUUGAUGGAUGGUCCAUUUAUGGAUGUGGGUUUUAAAGAUGGAGCUGAAAAGAGCACUGGGUUUAAGCAGAACAGACCUUUGAAUUUCGAUUCUCCUUUCUUCACUGUGCCUCCUGGGCUAAGCCCUUCUGGUUUGCUUAAUUCUCCAAGCUUCUUUUGUCUUUCUCCUCAGAGUCCUUUCGGAAUAUCCCACCAGCAAGCAUUGGCAGAGGUCACUGCUCAAGCUGCCCUAGCACAAUCUCAUGUUCGUCCACAAACCGAAUAUCAAGCAUUAUCGGUAUCAGCUCUUCCUGAGUCAUUGAUCUGUCAUCCAUCCUUCACUCCUGAAGAAGCUUCACAGUUGAUGCCUCAUUCAGCCUCGGAACCUCAAAGUUCUCUAGUGGAAUACUCGGAAGCUUCUCGAUCUGAUAGGAAAAACAAAGUCUCCGUUGUGGUGGAUAAGCCUGCUGAAGAUGGCUACAACUGGCGUAAGUACGGGCAGAAGCCUAUUAAAGGAUGUGAAUAUCCUCGAAGCUACUACAAGUGUACGCAUUCAAAUUGCCCCGUCAAGAAGAAGGUUGAACGAUCUGCUGAUGGCCAUAUAACGGAAAUUAUAUACAAAGGUGCACACAAUCAUGAUAAGCCUCAGCCAAAUAAACAAACAAAGGGUGGUUGUGAUGGAGAUGCAAAUUCGCAGACAAAUCCUGAAUUCGGUUCUCAGGGUGCAGCUUCAAAUUCGAACAAGUUAAGUGAAACUAUGCUGUCUCAUUCAAUACAGGGGGAAAAUGGUGAAUCUAUCCAAGCUGCAGAAUUACCUGGAUCAAGUGACAGUGAGGAAGGAUGUGAUGAAGAGAGUAGAGAAGAAAGAAAUGACAAUGGACCAAAUCCGAAAAGACGGAAUACUGCAGGAGAAGCCUCGGUGAUGUUGCCAAAAAAGACGGUCACAGAACCGAAAAUUGUUUUGCAAACAAGAAGUGAAGUUGACCUUUUAGAUGAUGGCUAUAGGUGGCGCAAAUAUGGACAGAAAGUGGUCAAAGGGAACUCUCAUCCAAGGAGCUAUUACAAAUGCACGAGUGCCGGAUGCAAUGUCAGGAAGCAUGUGGAAAGGGCGUCGACCGAUCCCAAAGCUGUCAUAACAACAUACGAGGGAAAACAUAAUCACGAUGUUCCAUCAGCUAGAAACAGCAGUCACAACACAGUCAGAAGCAGUUUACUGCAGUCAAAACCAGAAAAGGUGGUGGCCGACACUGAGAACGGGAACCAUUCUUUGCUUAAAGUGAUGGAUUUCGGAAACAAUGGCCGGGGACCAGCUGUUUUAAGGUUAAAGGAGGAGCAAAUAAGAGUGUAAUCCCCUACCUGCUAAAACGUAGUAAAACAACCGGAGCAAAUAACAGGGUAUGGAAAACGAGUAUGCAGUGAUUGUUUUCGCUGCUGCUGGACCUGAGUUAUACUUUGUUUGAUCUUAUUUUGAUGGGAUUUA